AUGACCACUGGCGUUGGAGGAGAGAAUACUGAUAGAGACACAGAGAAGUAUUUACAGCUCACUCCUUUGAGAAUUGAGUGCAUCACAUCCUUGGUCUCGUUUAAUUCUUCUUUAGACAUGUUUUCCAUGGAAAGGCCUAUAGCUGCAGAUGCAUCUAAUAUUGCAAGAUUAAGGGACAAAAAAUUCCAAGAGAAGAAAAUGAAUCACCCUAAUAAUCAUGCAAAUGAUAUUGCUAAUCCGGAUGAUAAUGCUAAUCUGGAUGAGAUUGUUAAAAAUGAUCAUACUCCGUUGUGGAAGUAUGUCAAAACUUACAAAGGAUCAUACUCUAGGGUCAGGUUUCAUUUGUUAAAAAUGGCUGGAAAUGGGGUCGCACCUUGCAGUAAGGUUACUGAUGAAAAUCUUGCAGAAAUGAAAAAGUUAAUUCGGGAGUGUGAAUAUAAGCUGAAGAGUUCUGCUCCUAAGAAUGUUUCUUUGCCCAACACUGGUUCUUUUUGUUAUGAUCAACCUGAAGUGAAUCUUGAUCCAAAGAAGAGAAAAGGAACAAGUAGGCCUCUUAGUAAAGCUUUUAACAAGGAAGCUCGAGAUCAAUGUGAUGCUGAAGUCGCAAGGAUGGUAUGUUCCACCAGGUUACAAUGCACUAAGAACUACUUUUCUGCAACAAGAAAAGAGAGUCACAUUAAGCAAUGCCUCCAGCCAAUCAAGCGCACAUGGAGCACUAAAGGUGUAAGUUUGUGCAGUGAUGGGUGGACAGAUGCACAAAGGAGACCACUUAUUAAUAUUAUGGCAACUUGUGAAAGUGGGCCUAUGUUCUUGAGGGCAAUUAAUUGUGAAGGUGAAUAUAAAGACAAGUAUUGUAUUGCCAACUUCCUUACAGAAGCUAUUAAAGAAAUUGGUCAUGAAAAUGUUGUUCAAGUGAUCACUAACAAUGCUCCUGUCUGUAGAGUUGCUGAGCUACUUAUUGAGGCCCACUAUCCCCAUAUCUUUUGGACACCCUGUGUUGUUCACACUCUUAAUCUUGCUUUGAAGAGUAUAUGCUCUCCGAAACAAACAGAUGUUUCGUAUGAUGACUGCAAUUGGAUUUCAACUAUUGCAAGUGAUGUUUGGUCCAUAAAAUUUUUUAUUAUGAACCAUAGCAUGAGAUUGUCUAUGUUUAAUGAACAUUGCAAACUAAAGUUGCUCUCCAUUGCCGAAACAAGAUUUGCUUCCACACUUGUGAUGCUUAGAAGAUUUAAGGAAGUAAAGGAAGGUUUACAACAAAUGGUGAUUAGCCCAAAUUGGGCUUUGUACAAAGAAGAUGAUUUGGUUAAAGCAAUGACGGUGAAGCAAAAAAUAUUGGAUGAGUACUUUUGGGAGAAGAUUGAUUAUAUUCUUUUCUUUACAGCUCCAAUAUAUGAGGUUAUUAGAAUGGCUGACACAGAUAAACCUUGUCUUCAUUUGGUGUAUGAGUGGUGGGAUGCUAUGAUUGAAAAGGUGAAAGCUGCUAUCUACAGGAAUGAGCGCAAGGCAUUACAUGAAAAAAGCAGCUUUUUUUGAUGCGGUGUAUCGCAUUUUAUUAGAGCGAUGGACUAAAAGUAGCACACCACUUCAUUGUUUGGCGCAUUCAUUAAAUCCAAGGUAUUAUAGUUCAGAAUGGCUCCAAGAAGACCCUAGUCGGGUUGCUC